AUAGUUAGGCCUGGAGUGUUUAAAAGUGUUUAAAUACUAGUGGAGUAUGUAAUACAGGCUUAAAUAGAUACAGAAUUUGAAGUGAGAGUAAAACACUAAAAAGGAGCUGAAUGGGUAGGGAAACCUAACCAAUGGUUUGUAGAACAGGGCUAUUUCUCAUUGAAAUGAGAAUUGUGACUCUGGCAAGACACCAGCAGUGGUGCAGGUGAGGGUGAAAUGGACAGUUCUAACUAUUGUGUUAUAGAACUUGACCCUGCGAAAUCCACUGGAUCUUAAGACUAUCAAACUUGUGGAAAUUGCAUAGGUUGGGGGUGAAAAUUGUUUUAAAUACAUUUCAUGGUAAUUUUGAGAACGUGCUGUAACUAUGCAAGAAGUAUAUGGAAAUGGGAGAGAAAAAAGCGGAACAAAAUUAUUGUCAUUGGCCCUCUUUGUUGUUGUGAGAAGAGCCAAUAAUACUAUAAAAAGUAUAAUAAUCCUCCAUUUAUAUAGUGCAAAUUACUGCAAUAAACUGUCUCUAUGCAAUUUUUAAUUAGUAAUACCGGCCACCACUUGGAACAGAUUCACUUUUGUUAUAUUGUUGAUAUCUUUAUAUCUUUACAUUAGUACUACUAGUAACCAUUUGGAAUAGAUUCUCAGCUCUCUGGGGAGUGCUUAGCUCCCAGGUACCCACUUAUACUAGGUGGAGAAGGCCUAACUUUGUAUCAUGUACAGUUUAAGAAUUCCUUCAACCCUGGAAAGGAAGAGUGCACUACAGUGGACCUACAAGAGAAAGAGUUGGUGUUAACGGAUCAUAUGACAGGAAGAAGACUACUAAAACUGCUGUACAAAAACAUCACAUCCAUGUACAGUGAAGGGGAAUCCGUGGGCUUCCAAUGCGGCAGAGGUGGGGACAGACAGGAGGUGGUCCUUACCACAAGCUUCAGCAACUUCAUCUUUGCUUAUAUAACCAAGAGAAAAUUUGGAGAUCAGAAAGUGAAAAUUCGUCAAAGUUGGGGGAUGGACACGGAUGCCACAGACCGCACGGUUGUCAGUGAAUUCAAAGCGCCGGAUAAUACUGAUGAAGCAAGCAUUAUAGCACCUGAUAAUGCUGAUCAUGCAAGCAUUGAAGCGCCUGAUAAUGCUAAUCAUGCAAGCAUUAAAGCGCCUGAUAAUGCUGAUGUUACCAUCAAAUUGCCCAAUAAUACUGACAAUAACACCAUCAAAAAAGAACCAGAACACACCAAUGUUGAUCAAACACUUCAUCCACUAGAUCAAAACAAACCACCUUUACAUUAUGUGUACAUGGUUCCCAGCAAUGCCCCAGUUACGAAUGUAGACACAGACGAAAAGUCUUCAGAAAACCCUGUGAAACCAUCAUGCCCAGAUCCAGAUCUCCGAUUCAGUGUGCUUGUACGUGAAAACACAUUUCACGGGAGUUCUCUUAAUGGAGAAAGCACGCUGAUUUUAUAUGAUGACAAAUUGUUACUUGACAACUCAUAUGUAAACACAGAGGAGUGGUCUUACAAGUGCAUCAAGAAUCACCACCUUUCAGGACAAACAAUAGAGUUCACCUGUUGUGAAAAAUCUCCUAUGGGAGCAGGCAAAAUCGUCUUUGAAUCGGAAAAUGCUAGUAUAAUUGAUCAACUUCUGGUACAAUUCAUGGAUACUUUUUAUGUGCAGGUGUCUCAGGAAGAUGAUAUCGCGAGACGUUUCAGUCUCGAAGGUGAAUACAAACUAAUCGUUCAUUAUAAUUUCCUCAAAUUAUAUAAUCUUGAUGAUACACUGUGCCACUAUUGGCACUAUAAGAACAUUCGAUCAUACGGCCGGAAAGCAUCAUCAUUUAGUAUUACCUGUGGCAGAGGAAGUAGUACUGGUGAGGGCAUUAUAGGUUUCAGAACAGAGAAGUGUAAUGAAAUCUUUGCAAAAGUGGAUGGGAAUGUGAAGGACCUUAAGAUGAAUGCUAUAAAAAAGAAGUAGCAAGUACUACAAUUAUGAUAUUUAAAUAUUUGUUUGGGUUGUCAGCCAAACAGUUUGAGAACUACUGCGAUAGUGGGUGACAUAGUGGCCAUCAAUAUUAAUCAAUAAUAUGACUACAUAGACAUACCCCCAAGUGUAAAAUUUGUAAUGUUUAUAUAGUGUAUACAUUGUAGUUUUAGUUAUAAUUAUAUAUACUGUAUAUAUAAAUCAUGAUGUAGAGAUGAACUCUAAAUCGUCUUGAGGUAAUGCUAUAAAUAUAUGAGUAAUAUUUGGAACAUAAAACUGAAAUAAAAGUAUUACUUGUCGUUGAUCAACUAUCCUUGAUAUGAUUAUUACAACAUGUUCCUAUUUGAGUACUGCUAUUAUAUAU